AAAAUCCGAGAAGAGGCUCGACACACCAUAGGCCGAAUUCCUAAUGGUGUAACCAGCUCAAUCCUGUAAUAAAAAACAGCUGAAAUGGCUUACAAUUACGUUGUAACAGCUCAGAAACCAACUGCAGUAAAUGCAGCAGUAACUGGAAAUUUCACAGGGCCAAAUGAUUUGAAUCUUAUUCUCGCAAAGAAUUCAAGAUUGGAAAUUCACCUGGUCACUCCAGAAGGCCUAAAACCAGUUCUUGAUGUUGGUUUGUACGGAAGAAUAGCUACAAUGCAACUUUUCAGACCACCGACUGAGAGAAAAGAUUUACUGUUUAUAUUGACUGAAAGAUACAGAGUUGCGAUUCUUGGGUACAAACAAGAAACAGGAGAUAUCAUUACUAAAGCUUAUGGAGAUGUUCAGGAUCGUAUUGGUCGUCCAUCAGAUACUGGUGUCAUCGGUGUAAUUGAUCCAACCUGUAAGAUAAUUGGCCUGCGGUUGUAUGAUGGCGUCUUUAAAGUUAUUCCUUUAGAACUUGGUAACAAUGUGGCAUUAAAAGCUUUUAAUAUCAGACUGGAAGAGCUGCAAGUCAUUGAUAUAGAUUUCCUCCAUGGAUGCCAAAACCCAACCAUUGUUUUUAUCUACCAGGAUACAAGUGGAAGACAUGUUAAAACUUAUGAAAUUUCGGUAAGGGAAAAAGAGUUUUCAAAGGGACCGUGGAAGCAAGAUAAUGUUGAGUUUGAAGCUUGUAUGGUAAUAUCUGUCCCGUCGCCUGUUGGUGGUGCACUGAUUGUCGGUCAGGAGUCAAUCACAUACCACAAGGGAGACCAUUACAAAGCUGUUGCACCUCCAGUCAUAAAGCAAAGUUAUCUGAACUGCUAUGGGCGAGUCGAUGCCAAUGGGUCAAGAUUCCUCCUAGGUGAUAUGAGUGGAAAUCUGUUCAUGCUCUUCCUUGAAAAACAAGAAAUGAUGGAUGGAAGUGUUGAAGUAACAGACCUCAAAGUAGAGCUUUUAGGGCAGACUUCAAUCGCCCACUGCUUAACUUACCUUGACAAUGGCGUCGUCUUUGUUGCAUCUACUCUUGGCGACUCACAGCUUGUCAAGCUGGAUACAGAAGAAAACGAGAGCGGAUCUUUUGUCCACGUUAUGGAGACAUUUACAAAUUUAGGCCCUAUUGUAGAUAUGUGUGUCGUUGAUUUAGAAAGGCAAGGACAAGGCCAGUUGGUCACGUGCUCUGGUGCAAACAAAGAAGGAUCUUUGCGCAUCAUCAGAAAUGGCAUCGGCAUCCAAGAGCAUGCAUCAAUCGACCUGCAAGGGAUUAUGGGUCUGUGGGCCGUCAAACUCUCCAGCGUUGGAGGUGCUUUUGAUGACACACUAGUUCUUUCAUUUGUGGGUCAAACGAGAGUUCUAACCUUGAACGGCGAAGAAGUUGAGGAAACAGAAAUACAAGGUUUAAAUGGUGAAAAACAGACUUAUUUUUGCGGAAAUGUAAUUGGGAACCAAUUAGUCCAAAUCACUGAAGAAUCCGUUCGACUCAUUAGCUGUGCCUCAAAGCAGUUAGCAAGUGAAUGGAGACACCCAGCUUCUAAAAAUAUCAGCGUGGCAACUUGCAACGGACUUCAGAUCGCACUGGCUGUUGGUAAGCAGUUGUUUUACCUGGAAAUCGACGGAGAGUCUCUAAAUGAAAUAAGUAAUGUAACUCUUGAACAUGAAAUAGCAUGUUUGGACAUGUCUCAAACAGGUGGAAACACAGGAAAAUCAAGCCUCGUUUCUGCUGGUUUAUGGACAGAUAUUUCUGCAAGAAUUCUCAAGCUGCCAAAUCUGAAAGAACUUCACGCUGAAAAGCUCGGAGGAGAAAUAAUCCCUCGAUCAAUUCUCAUGACUACGUUUGAAGAGAUUGAUUAUGUGCUCUGUGCUCUUGGCGAUGGAACGCUGUUUUAUUUUUGCUUGGAUUCAUCUACAGGGCAAAUGAGCGAACGAAAGAAAGUAACCCUAGGCACCCAGCCUGUGGUCCUUCGCACUUUCAAAUCGGUUGUAACAACAAAUGUUUUCGCCUGCUCAGAUCGACCAACUGUUAUUUACUCGAGCAAUAGAAAACUUGUUUUCUCAAAUGUUAAUCUGAAGGAUGUAAGCUAUGUUUGUCAAUUGAACUCUGAAGGUUACCAAGACAGUCUUGCAAUUGCUGACAAGAAUACCCUGACAAUUGGCACAAUCGAUGAAAUACAGAAGCUUCACAUACGAACUGUUCCUUUAGGAGAAUUGCCAAGGCGAAUAGCGUAUCAAGAAUCUACACAGAGCUUUGCUGUCAUAUCGCGGAGGACAGAAUUACAGGACUCUGCCACAGGCAAAAGCUUCCCCACCCACCUUUCUGCAAGUCUAACCGCGAGCAACAUUACAUACUGUUCUGCGCAAGGUCCUGAUGCUGUGAUGGCUACAAGCAGUAAGAUCAAUGAUGGUAUCCUCUUAGAAGAGGUGGAGCUAUUCUCAGUUCUAAUUGUCGAUCAGCACACGUUUGAAGUGACCCAUGCGCAUCACUUCGGUGAAAAGGACCAUUGCACCGCCCUGAUGUCUUGUCGCCUCGCCAAUGACCCAAACACAUACUACUGCGUUGGAACAUCGGUCGUUAUACCAGAGGAAACAGAACCAAAAAGCGGAUCCAUUAUCCUCUUUCAACUUGUUGAUGGAAAGUUGAUCCAAGUCGCGUCAAAGGAAGUGAAGGGUGCUGUGUACUGCCUGCAGGAGUUCAAUGGCAAAAUUCUGGCGGGGAUCAACAGCUCUGUGGUGAUAUUUGAGUGGACCGCUGAGAAGGAGCUUCAACAAGAAUGCUCGUACUGUAAUGUCAUCCUUGCCUUGUAUUUGAAGACCAAAGGUGAUUUUAUACUGGUUGGUGACGUGAUGAGGUCGAUGGUGUUUCUUGCUUACAAACCAAUGGAAGGCAGAAUAGAGGAAAUCGCUCAUGAUUACUCACCAAAUUGGAUGUCUGCGGUUGAAAUAAUUGACGACGACACAUUUCUAGGAGCAGAAAACUCAUAUAAUCUGUUUACAUGUCAAAAGGACAGUGCUGCAACUUCAGAUGAUGAGCGUAAUACUCUAAAUGAAACAGGAAGGUUUCACCUGGGAGAGUUCGUCAACGUCUUUAGACAUGGCUCUUUGAUCAUCCAGCAUGCAAAUGAACAAGUCACACCUAUCCAAUCUUCGAUUCUCUUUGGAACAGUCAGUGGAGCUAUUGGCCUUGUAACGACGAUUUCAAAAGAGAUGUUCGAUUUCCUGAUGCAGGUUCAAACUAAUCUCACAAACGUCAUUAAGAGUGUUGGAAGAAUUGAACACUCUUCGUGGCGGUCAUUUUCAAAUGAGCGGCGAACCGAACCAUCUGAAGGAUACAUCGACGGUGACAUCAUCGAAAGCUACUUGGAUUUGCCGAGAGUUCAGAUGGAAGAGGUAGUCAAAGGGCUUGAGAUAGAGGUCGAUGGUAUGAAAAGAGAUUGCACCGUAGAGGAUCUUAUAAAGCAAGUUGAAGAGCUCACAAGGAUUCAUUAAGCACAGGUUAGAGAUAUCGUUGAGCAACUAAAGAACACUCUUUUCCCGUGUUUAAUUUAUUGCGUCACCUAAGAAAAUGGUUGAUCAGUGUCGGAAGAAGACUACUUAGGGCUUGGGUAGAAUUUGUAGCACUCAGGCCCCGAUAUCGAAUUAAUUUUGCCACUUUGAGUCGCUCUAAACGCAAUCAAACCCAUUCAUUCAUAGAUUAUUAAACAAACUUCUUUGUGUGAUAGCUUACAGUUCUCUAAAGGAAAAUUUUAUCUUUUUCCAAUGUCGCGGUCACCCAUUUAUUUUGAUGAAAGAAGCUUGUUCCUUUUACUACACGAAAGUUUGUACUUUGCUGGACUGAAAAGUUUUUCCCGUCAUUUUGACUAAAUGGUCAGGCGGAAGUAAAGCGUGCCUUGAGCCGCAACGUUGGCCAAUUAUAGGAAGACGAAAACACAUGGUAACCAAACAGUACAUUAGAAAUGGACAAUAUUAUGACAGAAAGAAGGGAGACCAGUCUACAUUGUUGCCACAGCUAUGGAGAUAGGCAUCUGAAGGCAAUGUAAAGUUGAACCAGUGGUAAAAUAUGGGACAUUGUGUUGUAAAAAGGUUAGCCCAAGUCCAGCUGUGUACGCUCGGUAAACCUGACUGUUUGUAGGCUAAAAUUAGAAGUUGCUUAUUGAUCUAUUAGAAGUAGAUGAAAUCUGUUAAUAAAGUUUCAUAUUAUACAUUGUCUUUGUUAUUAUACAUA